GGUCUUCUUCUGAAUGUUCUGUUACUAGGGACCCACCUGGGGCGGUAGGAGGGUGUGCCUCAGGUUACUCUGAGGUAGCUCUAAGGUUGCAACGUGCUGCAGAUAUGUAUCAUGAGUCAUCAAAAGGGUUUGGGAGUGUUGCAGAAAAUAAGCAGGGUGAUCUUAAGGGCGGUGACUGAGAAGCGAGAGAGGCUGGGAUAGACCUCUAUAUAGAAGGCGGCUGUGACCCCUGUAGUUUUGUGACUGCUGCAGCCCGAGACAGCGCGCCAGGAAUCCGAGAGCCUGAGUCCCGCUGACCCGAGUGGAGAAAUCUCGCUCACGGCACCUCCUUCCCGGUAAUCCUCUCUGGAAACACCUUCAUAGAUACAUCCAUGGGUCUUUCUUCAAUGGCUACCAUAUUCAGGUCUAUCCCACGGGCCUUUAGGGGAUAUCUCUGUGCACCAGUCCCUCUUUCAGCAAGAAAGUUCAGCCAAUUAACAGAUGAGAAUCGUACCCUAGCUGGUAAAGUGGCUGUGGUCACUGGUUCCACAAGAGGGAUUGGCUUUGCCAUCGCCAGGCGUAUGGCCCGGGAUGGGGCACAUGUGGUCAUCAGCAGCCGGAAGCAGGAGAACGUGAAGGAAGCAGUGGACAUAUUGAAGGAGGAGGGGCUGAGUGUGACUGGCACUGUGUGCCAUGUGGGGAAGGCUGAGGACCGCCAGCACCUUGUGACCACAGCCCUGAAGCAUUCUGGGGGCAUUGACUUCCUUGUGUGUGUGGCAGGAGUCAAUCCCCUGGUGGGAAGCACCCUCGCAGCCAGCGAACAGAUCUGGGACAAGAUCCUGGAUGUGAAUGUGAAGUCCCCGGCCCUGUUGCUAAGCCAGGUUCUGCCCCACAUGGAGAAUAGAGGGGGAGGCUGCGUUGUUCUAGUGUCCUCCGCAGUGGCUUAUCUACCAGUUCCAAGGCUGGGCGUCUACAACACCAGCAAGACGGCUCUACUGGGGCUCUGCAAGUCUCUGGCUGUGGAGCUCGCUCCAAAAGGCAUCAGAGUGAACUGCCUAGCGCCAGGAAUUAUCAAGACUGACUUUAGCCUACGGGAGGAAACAAUGCCGAACAUGCUGCCUGAACUGAAAAAAGUCUUCGGAGUGCAGCGGUUAGGGGAGCCGGAAGAAUGUGCCGGGCUUGUAUCCUUCCUGUGCUCCUCAGACGGCAGCUACAUCACUGGGGAGAACAUCGUGGUGGGUGGCUUCUCCCCUAAACUUUGAAGAGACAGUAUGGCUUAGAGACUGGGGUUGAGGUCCUCACGUGGAAGACACAGGACUUGGUGGAAAAUAUGUCGGUGUGGAGCCGUCAGAUGCGCCCGUGCUCCAGGUUAUAGAGGGAGACUUGCUUAAACGUUGUGAAGAAAAGCAGGUUUAUUCAUUUGGAAUAAAUUUGUUUGGAUACUUCUGGA